GGUCACAAAAAUCAGAUUCUUUGUUCAUGUCAUCAAUUAAACUUCAUAAAAGUAUCUAUUCAUUAAACUUUUUAAAAACUUUUAGCAUAGUGCCAUCUUCUUCUUUGCUCUCAAUUGAUUCCACAACCAGACUUACAAAUGAUAUCACAAAAAUCAAUACAAGUAAUCCAUUUCUCCCUCGUCAUAACAGAUUUGUAAACCAUAUUUUGUGGGACAAAUCAUUAUUUUCUGAAAAGAUUACUUCAAUUGACUAUUCAAAUUACAUGUCUUCCAAUAAAAAUUUACUCGAAACUCUAGAACAUUUAUGGAGGUAUGGAUUGGUAUUUAUAAACAAUGUGCCAAUUGCUCUUCAUGAGAAUGAAGGAGAAAAACAACUAGCAAUAGAGAAUGUGGUGAAACGAAUUGGUACAAUAAAAAAUACAUUUUAUGGAAGAACUUGGGAUGUUGUUUCAUUACCUGGUAUACAACUUUUACACUGUUUAAAAAAUUCAGCAGAAGGUGGGCCAAGUAUAUUUUCAGUUUCAUUUAUGGCUAUAGAAGUAUUAAAGAACAAGUAUCUUAGAGAUUAUCAAAUACUUGUAGAAGUACCAAUUACUUUCCAAUAUGUAAAUGAUGGACAUCACAUGUGUUUCAAUCAUCCUUUGAUAGUUAAUGAUAACUAUAAUAAUCAAACUUCACAUGUAAAUUAUUCACCACCAUUUCAAGGUCCAAAUGAAUAUUUAUUGAUACUAUCAGAUGAGGAGAUAAACAGAUUUUAUCAAGCAUAUCAAAGAUUUUGUUCAAUAAUUGAAGAUCCUGACAUGAAAUUUGAAAUAAGACUGAACCCUGGUGAUUUGGCAAUGUUCAUGAAUAGAUGUGUACUGCAUGGAAGAACAAGUUUUGACUUGAGAAAUGGAGAGAGGCAUUUGAAAGGAAGUUAUAUUGAUUUAUGUGAAUUUAAAGAACAUUAUUAUCAAAAUAUCAAGAUAUAA